AGCACACAACCACCGAUACGACCACCACGACCACGACGACAAAAAACGAUAACGACCUUCUGAUCCAUACGCCAACAACUUUUGCAACUUUGACGAACAAACGGACGAGGAUCAAACAUAUACCAUCCGAGAAGCGACAACACACAUCGAUAAAGAAGAACAGCACACAAAAAGAAAAAUGACAGUGUCACAUGCCAUCCUCGUACCGACCAGUCCCAAAGCACAACCAGUCCCAGUCUCGCUGUCGCCACCUGCAUCUCUCCCCAGCUCUCCUCGGAACGCCUCAGCUCCCGCUCCCUCCACACUCACCUCACACUUUGUCCAGGCACUGCACGACUACUUGCCCACAAACGCUCCUGCCGACGAGGCCGUGUCCUGUCUGUUUUUUCGGAAGGGCGCCAUCAUUGAAGUUUUCAAUCGCGACAGCUCCGGCUGGUGGGAUGGGUUGUCAGGCGGUGUGCGUGGGUGGUUCCCUAGCAACUACGUUGGCAGGAUAGGAGAAGCUGUCAGACACAGCGCUGACUUUGAGGACGAGGAGUCGCAACAGCAAUGGGAGGCAUGGCGGAAACAUGCCACGCCCGCAGUGGAGGAAGACCAGGAAAUCGUAUCGAUGGAAGAGACACCAGAAACAUCUACUGCAACUGCAGAAACAACAACAACAACAACAACAGAACCGUCAACAAAAACAAUAACAACCAAACAAAGCCGAGUCGAAUUAGCGCGGGCUCUACUGAAUGAGGACAGACGAAAAAGCAAUUCCUCCACAACAACUACAUCUACCACACCGACUGCGCCCUUACCAGGAAAAGAAGAUCACCCUGACGAUCAUCCAACCAAAAUACUUGCUGUUCCUAGUUGGGAAAUCCUCAUGGAGGAUGUCUCUCAUCGCAUGUCUGAGCUCGUUGAAGCGUGUGCAACCUCGAACAACACCCAGCUGGCUACCUUCCAGGUCGUCUCUUCGAUCCGUGCCGUCCUCACUGCCGCAAACACCGUCAGUAACGACUCGCCCAUCCUAAAGUCACAUCCCGAACUCGCUAAGCAAAGAAAAAUCAUCCUGAGCGCACUGAGUAAAUUGGUCCUGAAAGGGAAAAACUUACAGAAUGCAGAAUACCCGCAACCACCCGAUGAGCAGGUGCCAGCACUAGCAAACCAGCUUUUGGCCGAGAUGAGCACUUUUGAAGAAAUCCUAAAGACGGUGCCCGAGUCCAUAACAUCUGGUGAUGAUCAAACACGAUUUGGCACUCCCAACGGUAGUCACCAUUCGAUCUCGCCGCGCUCGUCUCUGGUUUCGGUCGAGUCAAAUGGUACAACAGCAAGCAGCACACUACGACAACAAUUGGUCGACGCUCGACUUUCUAGCGCCUCAUUGAUCGCCAAAGCAGUUCCCUUAUCCGAUGCACAGCACAUUCUGCAAACAUUGCUAGAGCAUCAAGCUUCCAUCGAUGAGCUGAUGACGAGUUUACUCACGACAAUCGAAAAGUUCUUAGCCAACAGACAGCGUGCAACAGAAAUGCUCGAGACUACACGAAAAGCAGUUGAAGCAAUACGCAACUUUCUUGCCGUCGUCGAGCAUGUGUGCUCGAAUGUGGGCGAUAUUGACUACAAACACUACUCUGUCAUUCCAGAAGAUCCGCAUCUGGUAGCGCUGGUAUUGGCCAAAGAAUCUGUAUACAGCGCCAUCACCAAUCUUGUCACAUCUGUUCGAGCACUGGCAGGACCCAAGGACCGACAGGAAGACAAAGACUAUGCUCAAUUGAGGGAGAGUUGUGAAAAUGUGGUCCGUACGACAAAUGAUAGUGCAGCACGUGUACGUAUCUGCUUGCAGGUAGACGUUUGUGCUGGCAGCGAUAACAACAACAACUAUACAAUUGCUUCUGACGGCAGUAGUAAUGAUGUCGACGAUGUCAACGAAAUGCGCGAGCGGUUAGAAAGUUCAGUCGAUGCACGACGUAACCAGACAUUGAGCAUCCUUGGCCGCAAAGUGACAAGUCUCAAUGUCUUGCAGCAUCAGUAUUCCGAUACAAUGCCGACAACAACAGCAAUCGAUCCUACUCCCAAUAAUGGCAGCAGCACGAGCCUCGAGAAGGUCGACGAGCACCAAGUUGAGCAUCUAAUCACUGCGCAAGGAAUACCAAGUCAGCAACAACAAAACAACAACAACAACAGUAAUAGCACACCCCCCGUACCACCGACAGAAGUGGUUCGACGAUCGAGAGCAAUGUCAAAAACAGGUCGCAACAGUAAAGCAGUGCGUGCCGACACAGUGCGUCGAUCAAACCAAGUUGUCCCACCACGAGGAUCAUCAGCAAGCUCGAUUCGCACGAGCGGUGCAUCGUCCCAGUUGCGACAGUCGGCCGAAUCGAUCAAUAAUUUCACACCAAUGACAACACCGGAGACCAUGAGUCCUGUAAAUGAAUUUGGUGGUAAUGGAUAUCCAGCCAUGCCUCCACCCAUUUAUCAACAACAACAACAACAACAACAACAACAACAACAGCAAGUAAGCAGCAACACAACAACAUCGCCUUUCAUGUCGAUUCCACCGCCACCGCCACCCAAAGGUCCCGGCAAGCCGCAGCCAGAGCUAAAGAUCUUGAGCUCGAAAUCAACGCCCACGGCUGAUCAGUCAGGCCGUACGCGACGGCCGCGUGAAAUGAGCAUAUCCGCGUUCAGGAUGUCGCUCAAGAACCGUAAUGAUGACCACCAACGGAACUCGUCGGCAUCUACUGAAACAUUGGUUGAGCAACAGCCACGGAUACGACGGACAUCGUCUUACAUGUCCAUGUCGGAGCGACGAGAUAGCGUACAGCCUCAAGAACAUGCUGCCACUCCGCAUGAGGACGAGCCAUGGUUCUUGAAGCAACGUGUUUUCUCCGAAGACGAAAUGAUGUUCAACAGCGAAGGUCAAGUGACCGGUGCUAGCAUUGAAGCUUUGGUUGAGAAAUUGACACAGCAUGAAAAGUCACCUGAAUUGAUGUUUACGCGUUCCUUUUUUUACAACUUUCGUCUUUUUACCACGCCCAUCAAGUUUUUGGAACUGUUGAUCAAACGGUUUGAGCUACAACCACCAAGCGAUGCACCCUUGAACGCCGACGAGCUGGCCAUGUGGACCAAUCGAGUGCUCUUGCCUGUUCGUUUGCGUGUGUUCAACGUGAUCAAGACGUGGCUUGAAACGUACUUUUGCUACGAGCCCGACGCAUGCACCGAGCACAUCUUGGUUGAAUUCACAGCUGGACCCAUGAUGCAAGCCAUGGCAGGUCCAUCCAAACGCAUGUUGGAGUUGAUCCGCAAGAGGUUUACAUCGAAAGGCAUGAUGACCCAGGGCCGCAAAUUGUCGUACACCAGCGAACCGCGACCCACGCUACACAAACAACCCUCAGGGUCGCACAUCUCCUUGUCAGCAGGCACAUCCUUAUUUUCAACUUUGGCACUUUUUGAAGAUCAUCACCAUUCCGAGCCUGCCGCAGUACCACCACCCAACAUUACCCGGUCGCUGCGCAACACCUUGCGUAAAGCCAUGAGCCAGGGUGUCCUUUCGAGCGUCCACAUUAACGAGUUCGAUACGCUAGAGCUGGCACGCCAACUGACCUUGAUGGAAAGCUCGCUGUUUUGCCAGAUCCAGCCCAACGAGAUGAUUGGCCAAGAGUUUAAAAAGAAGGUCGGUAGCAGCACUGCCAUCCAUGUCAAGGCCAUGAUCCAGCGGAGUACACAGAUCACGAGCUGGGUAUCCGACACCAUCCUGCAUGAAUCCGAUGCAAAGAAGCGAGCUCAGAUGAUCAAACUAUGGAUCAAAGUUGGCGAUCACUGCUUACAAUUACAAAACUACAACACAUUAAUGGCCAUUCGAUCAGCACUGGAUUCCACGAGUGUCGCACGUCUCAAGCGAACAUGGGAACACGUCUCGAACAAAUACAAGGCCAUGUACGAUCCGAUUUACCGGGCAACCGACUCACAGCGCAAUUUUGCAGAAUAUCGACGACGAUUGAAAAGUGCCAUUGCUCCGUGCUUGCCAUUCCUCGGUGUAUAUCUCACAGACAUGACGUUCAUUGACGACGGCAAUUCGAAUCAUCGCACUUCAGUCAACGGCUCACAGCUGAUCAAUUUCGACAAAUACAUCAAAACGGUACAAAAGGACGAUCAGGUGUUUUAUACUCGAAGUUUACAGCUGGAGCCACGCGAAGAAGAGUUUGACAUUAAAAGCUUCAUUUCGAACCUUGCUUAAAAAAAACCUGCUACUACUUUUUGCUGUGUAUAUACACUGUCGUCAUUGUCAUUUUCCAUCAUCGUCACCCUUUUGCAAGACCAUACCAUCAUCAUCACCCAAAAAAAUCCUCCUUCUUCUUUUCUUCUCCUCCUUCGUUUUUUACUUUGUCAAGCCUCCUUUCACAGAAAAAGAGACACACAAUCUUAUCUUCCCUUCACACCUACCACCAUAUAACGUCUCCCCACCCCCAAAACCUUCUUGACUUGUUCUGCAUAUCUUUUUUAUCCCGCUGCUCUCCUAAAAAAAAGUCCAGCCCCUUUCUACUUCGCUAUUCACCUAUUUUCUACAUACCUAGUUGUUGUUUUUUUUUCUUUCCCUUCUUUCGUCCUGUUUUUCCAAACUAAUAUGUACUGAUAAUACCCAUUAAUUAAAAAUCAAACAAAAAUGCAGUCAAUGGUUUUGUUUGCAUUGUUCAAAU